UUCAUAUUGGGAAGAGUGUGACGCAGCGCAGCAUCCUUUGCAGAGAUCACGUGACGCAGUCAGACUGGUCCAGUGCAUCAGUAUCACUGAUCUCAGACAGUCUGAGAAACAUCAACAUGAAGAAUCUCUUAAUACUCUUCUGUUCUUUGAUCCUGAGCGGUGUGUUUGGUGUUGAUCCAGGUGAUGUUAAAGUGUCAGUGAUGGAGGGAGAUUCUGUCACUCUACACAGUAUUGAUGCUGAAAUAAAGGGAGCUUCUAAUCUAGAGUGGAAGUUUAAAGACACACUUAUAGCGACUAUUGAUAUAGAAGUGAAAAAUGAAGCAGAAUACCCACAUGAGAUCCUUAAAGACAGACUGAAUCUGGAUGAUCAGACCGGAUCUCUCACCAUCACAAACACCACAUCUGAAGACUCUGGAGUUUAUCAGGUGCAGAUCAGAGGCAGCAGAGACACAAAACACAAGACAUUCAGACUUUCUGUCAGUGAUGAAGUGAGCAAAGUGUCAGUAAUGGAAGGAGAUUCUUUCAUUCUACACACUGAUCUUACUGAUGGAAAGACAGAUGAUGUGAAGUGGAAGUUCAAUGGCGCGGAUUUAACUGACUCGAGGUUCAUAAACAGUGAUGUGAAUCUUCUGACCGGAAACCUGAACAUAAAAAACACCACACGCGAUCAGUCUGGACUUUAUAAAGUGGAAACCAGCGGCACGGGUUUCAUCUUACACAAGACAUUCCGUGUUGAUGUCAGUGUUGAACCGGAGUCAGAGUUAGUGAUGAUGGGAGCUCCCGUCACCCUACACACUGAUACAGAAACACAGACAGAUGAUGUGAUCGAGUGGAAGUUUAAAGGCACUGUCAUCACCAAUGAUAGAAGAUUCAGAGACAGACUGAAGCUGAAUAAUCAGACUGGAUCUCUGACCAUCACAGACUUCAGAUCUGAAGAUUCUGGACUUUAUGAUGUAAACAUCACUGGCAGCAAACACAUCAUUUACAAGAAAUUCCAUGUCACUGAACCCACUGAUAUAUACUGGAAGACGAUUGGUCCAGGAUUAUUGAUAGGAGUGAUCGUGCUGGGGAUAAUUGUGUUAGGUCUGGUUUCCCAUAAAAUACACAAGUGCUGCAGGAACAGGAACAGAUUAAAUAAAAAGGAGGAGAAUGAGACCUGUGAACGAUUAAACCAGCAGUCCUUCAACACCAACGGUACAUAGACACUCAAUACAGUAUAUAAUAAAUAUAUAUAACUCGGUGUUGACUUCAAACUCAGCUAAAAACUUAUCUUCAGCUGUGAAACCUAACCAGUGUUGACAGCUCUCAUCUGCUUUACAUUACAAAAAACUCUCUAUAAUAAUAAUAAUAAUAAUAAAUGGGACAAUGGGACAGUUUUCCUUCUGCACUUCUGUAACAGGGCUGCAAUGAUGAUUGAUGUUUUGAAUAAAAAAUAUAUGAAGUGCCUGCUUUCAAAUCAUAAGCUGUCAUUUCAAGGUGUUUUAUAUCUCAGGUUUUUCAUUUAGACAUUAGAUGUAGCAAAUACAGAGUGAUUUGUUUGAUGAAUUAGGCGGUUUGUUGUAACGCUGCCAGAUGUCAAUCACUUUACACAUGAUCAGUAACAAGAACCAAAAUAUAAUUUCAAGAAAAUUCAUUUGCAACAUCUGUAUCUGUUGUACAUAUCUGUGACACAUCAAACAUCAGUGUUUUCUUGUUUGUUCUUAUUUGUUAUUUUGUACUCUUUGUAAAUGCUUCUGAAAGUAAAUGUGAAGUGACUCACUCUUGUUCUGUAUAUAUUAGAAUAUAACGAUGUUCUGCUGUAUGUAUGAUAUUGUAUAUGAUCUUACCUUGCCUUACUGUUAAACUGAAACUUCACUGCUCUCUAGUGGACAAACACUGACAUGACAAGCAUAAAUAUUUAAAUGAUGAAGUCAGUUUAAAGGUGGGGUGUCUGAUUUCUCUUAGCCGUUGUUGAUGUUCAAAUCACCCAAACAGACACACCCCUACCCCCAUCUUUCGUCAGCGCUCGGCUCGGCUAAUGUACGUCCUGUGCAUUGUGCACCUUACUGCUGAUUGGCUACAUGGUUGUUUGUCUAAACAAGCGUAAUUCGGAAAUCAGACACCCCGCCUUUAAGCUCAGCUAAAUCCACAUUGUUUGAAAAUGGGAAUAAAAUGUAUGAAAUGAAAAUCUUUGUUGCCACUUUGUCUUUUGUCCUGCUUAAUUCAUUUAGAGGAAUCAGCAAUCUCCAUGCAUCUCUUGAUUUCUCAUGUGUACAUUUUCUCAUUUUAUUUAAAAGCGUGUUGAGAAACAUGAGUCAUAAAGAUCUACACAUUGUUGUAAACUGAUUAU